UUCCUGGCCGGUCACCCUUUGGAAAAUGUCACUUUGCAGAUGGAGCAAACUAUAUUUCAACAUCCCACGGCUCAGGUGGAGCACAAGUCGUACCACGACACUCCAUAGUACAGCGAGCAUUCAUUUCAGUGGGAAUAGUUCUGCCAUAGAAAAGUCCUGCUCAACAAAAACCUAUGAAGAUGUCAAGGAUUACUAUGGAAAGCAGCUAGGUAAUACAAAAGACCUGAAAACCUCUGCUUGUGCCGCACCAUCUAAACCACUGCCGACACAUCUAAAGGAUGCACUAGAUAACAUUCAUGAAGACAUCUCCUCACGGUAUUACGGCUGUGGACUCUCUGUGCCAGAAAGUUUGGAGAACUGUAUCAUGUUGGAUCUGGGCAGUGGAAGUGGUAGAGAUUGCUACAUGCUAAGUAAACUGGUAGGACAAAAGGGUCAUGUGACGGGAAUAGACAUGACUGAUGAACAACUGGAGUUAUCGAGACAAUACAUUGAUUUCCAUACAGAGAAGUUUGGAUUCCAGCAGCCCAAUGUUGAAUUCAUCAAGGGUUACAUUGAAGAUCUCAAAGCUGCCAAUAUAAAGGACAAUAGAUAUGAUGUAAUCAUAUCUAACUGCGUGAUAAACCUCUCCCCGGAUAAAAAGGCAGUACUAAGAGAAGCAUAUAGAGUAUUAAAGGAUGGCGGUGAAAUAUACUUCAGUGAUAUGUAUAUUAACAAGGCACUUCCUGCUGAACUGAAGGAAAACAAACUCCUAUGGGGUGAAGGCAUCGGGGGAGCACUCACAUGGAAGGAACUGUUUCAUAUCGCUGCAGAGAUUGGUUUUUGCACUCCGCGACUUGUUACCGCCAGAUACAUUACAGUAAACGAGGAGCUGAAAAACAUUGUUGGAGACCGCAAGUUUGUCUCAGCCACCUUCCGUCUGUUUAAAGUACCGCAAGAUGCCGUGAAAGUAAAGAGUCAGGCUGUUUACAACGGUGGAAUUACAGGCUAUGAGGAUAAACUGGAAUUUGAUGCCAACUUCACAUUCAAGGUAGGAGAAGCUGUGGAAGUGGAUCAGGAACUGGGCAGAAUCCUGAAACGUUCCAGAUUUGCAGACAAAUUUUCACUUCAAGAAGCAGAAAAGAUGCCAUGCUCUGAAAGUUCUCACCCUAUUAAGGAAACCAUUGGGGAUCCAUUUGAAUUUGCAGAAGCAGAGAGCAAUGGAGCCCAAUCUUCGUGUUCAGGAGAUAACUUUGAAGGUGGCAGAUGUUCCUAGAAAUACAGCAGCAGUGACAUUGGGAGGUCUAAAAUAAAGAGUUCACCCUGAACUUUUAGUAUGAUGGAGACAGUGGUAUUCUCACACAUUUAGUAAUUGGUUUUCAUUUUUUAAUCCUUUUUAGUUUUUAUUAUUCAAUCUUUUGCAUGUUUGAUUUCUUUAGCUUUAUUAAGCAGCUCUCCCGUUUGGAAUGUCAGCAGUUAUCUUGCUGCUAGGGACAAACGUACCCAAUAAACCAUGGCAUGGUUUCAAUGAGAGACUGGAAGAUGAUAGGAAAGGCCUGACUAUAACGAUAAGUAAUAAAAUUUAAGGGCAAUAACACACAAGGAAAUUUGUCACCCACAUCAAAUAUAUACCAAGGAUAACAAAUAUUACAGAAAAUGACUUGCCAUUCACUCACCUUGUAGUCGCUGCAAUGAUUCAGCUUUAUUUCACAUUUUCCCGCAAUUGAGCCAAAUCGCUGCUAUGGCAAGUCAUUCAAACACUAUAAAAAAAUACAACAUGAAGGCCAAUUGAAAAGUUGAUAAGGAUAGGACGUUCUAUAACAUACUAAUGAUCAAAUAACAAUUAAAGGUGAACUAACCUUUAAUGGAUUAUGAAACAUAACAAGGUUUACAUGUAUCUGGAUUUGCUGUAUAAUCUGAAGGCAUCAGAAAUAACUAAAUGAGAGCCAAUAGCAGUAGAUUAUGUGUAUUUUUAGAACUUUUUGAUGAAUCCCCCACACAUAGGGGAGCCCUGUUUGCAGCCUUUCAGUAUUUAGUAGAACAAGCAAAGCUUCCUGCACAUGAGCCUGUGACCUCCCUCUCUCGACGUCCUUCAGAAAAUGAUAUGCAAUUCACUUUUGCUGUCUGUUGACUUGUGAUUGAUUUUGAUUUCCAUGUAACCCAAUCAGAUAAGAUUUUUACAGGGAGGGACACUUUCCAAUGUAGAACUGGAUCCAACUGGUCUUGUGGAAAUGGAAUCAAUUAACAGUCCAAUAUAGCUGUACAGGCAUCUGAUUCUUAGUGCUACUGGUCAGACAUGGGAGCAAAGCUGGGUGAAUGCUGUACCUCCUUGCACCUGGCUUGCAUGCUAGGAACACACCUUUAAAUGCCAUAUUUCUACCAAUGUGGGGCACGAUAUGACAAAAGCAAUAAAUAAAUCACAUAGGCACAA